UAGUUGAGGGGACUGGUUGGGAAACCUGGCGAACUUCAAAGGAGGAACUCUUUGUUCUGAUUUUCGAGUGAUCACGUGUUCACGACCGUGCACACACACACAAAGCAAGAUGGCGUAUUGAGUAGCGUUAUUCCGUUUGUAGAACAAAAUUGUUUGAUAUUCGGGCGAAAUAAGAAUUCGUUGAAAUCAGAUACUAGAAAUAUAGCAUCCUUGGGAAAUUAUGCCCGGCGACAACUGCGCUGUGUUUGGCUGUGGGACCAGCAGAAGGACGAAAGGCAUUGGAAUUUGGAAGUUGCCUGCACCAAAGGACGAGGCUCACAAGAAAUGGAGACAAGAGUGGCUGAACGAAAUUACAAAGACAAGAGAAAGCGAUGCUCCAUUUAAAGUCUUAGUAGCAAAGGACAGGAUCUUUACCUGCGAAAAACACUUUGAACCUGAGGACGUUGAAAUAUUUCAUUCAGAGAAAAUGAUUAAGAAGAAGGCUCGGUUUGGUGCUCUUCCCAAGUUGAGCAUGCCGAAAAAAACUCACGAGACUUCAAAACCCGAGCAAAGACCUGAGCAAACCAUUGUCCGGGAUCUGAUCAAGAAGCCGCAAGUUCAUUACAAGACUUUCACGGAGUUUUGUCAGCGCUUGACUAAGCUAAAGAGCCUUCAAAACUGGAACAUUGGAACAUUUUCUGACAGAGUUGUCUUAAAACAGGUAGAGAUUCCAUAUGUGCUUCCGAAGUUUGAAAUCGUUGUGGAUGAUAGGCUAGCAUUUACAGUAAGAGUUUAUGGCUGUUAUUUUCCGGAGGAUCAUCCUGUGUACCUUGAUUAUCGGCGUACAGUCAGGAAUAUAUCCAUACGUAGUCUUGCUGAACUGUUCUGA